CCGGUUUUAUUUCGUUCCUGUCUCCUGCCGGUAAUUGAUCUGAGGAGAAACCAGAAAAUGGCAGACACCAAAAAAGUUGUUAUCGACAAGAAAAAUAAAUAUGAUAGACAGUUGAGAUUAUGGGGAGACCAUGGACAGUCUGCCUUAGAGUCAGCAUGUGUCUGUUUGGUCAAUGUAUCAGCUGUAGGGACAGAAAUUCUUAAAAAUAUGAUAUUACCAGGUGUUGGAUCAUUCACGAUUGUAGAUGGAAACAAAGUUAGUGGAGAGGAUGUAGGAAAUAAUUUUUUCCUGACAAAAGACAAUAUUGGCGAGUCUAGAGCUAAAGCAGCUACAGAGUUACUGAGUGAAUUGAAUGAUGAUGUCAGUGGAGAUUUCGUUGAAGAGAGUGCCGAAAAACUGAUCAGAGCAAAUCCAGAUUUUUUCUCAAGAUUCACAUUGGUGAUAGCAACAAAUUUAUGUGAAAGAGAGUUAUUAGAGUUAGACUCCUUGUUAUCUAAGAGGAACAUCCCACUAUUAGUAUGUAGAAGUUAUGGAUUCAUUGGUUAUAUGAGAAUAGUCAUCAAAGAACACACAGUGAUAGAAUCACACCCAGACAGUGCUCAUGAAGAUUUAAGAUUAGAUCAUCCGUUUCCACGCCUUAUAGAGUAUUGUAAUUCUUUAGAUCUGGAAUCCAUGGAUCAAAAGGAGCAUUCACACACACCAUGGAUAGUAAUAGUUUAUAAAUAUUUACAGAAAUGGAAAGAAUCGCAUGAUGGGAAUGCACCAAAGAAUUAUAAAGAAAAAUUACUGUUCAAGGAAUUUAUUAAACAAGGUAUAAGGUCGAAUAAAGAAGGGUUUCCAUUGGAUGAAGAGAAUUUUGAUGAAGCAGUAAAGAGUGUUAACACAGCUUUGGUACCCAGCAGUAUGCCAAGUGAAGUGAGAAAGUUGUUUGAAGAUCCAUGUUGUAGUAACUUAGAUACUGAGAGUUCAUCUUUCUGGAUUCUAGUGAGAGCAGUCAAAGAAUUUGUAGAUAAUGAAGGAAAAGAUUUAUUACCUCUGCGUGGAACAAUCCCUGAUAUGACCGCUGACUCCAAGCGAUAUAUACAGUUACAGCAUGUAUAUCAUGGCCAGGCAGACGAUGAUGUUGCCGUAGUGACAGAGAAAGUUCGUAAAAUAGAACAGAGCAUUGCAAAGGAGGAACCGGUCAACACAUUAAAUAUGCCACCACCAAAUUAUGAAAGCUGCAUAUCAGAUCAUGAUAUCAAACUAUUUUGUAAAAAUGCUGCAUUUUUAAGAAUAUUUAGAUCGAGAAGUUUAGCAGAGGAAUACAAUAACAAAACAGCAAAUCUACAAGAAAUAGCUCAACAUUUAGGAGAUGAAGACAAUGAUGACGACUUUGUAUUCUAUGUAUUAUUGAGAGGCGUAGAUAAGUUUUACGAGGAAUAUAAUAGAUAUCCUGGUGUAUACGAAGACCAAAUAGAAGCUGAUGUCCUUAUGUUAAAGACAUCAGUACAAAAGAUAUUACAUGACUGGGGAUUAAAUCCUACAUCAAUCAAGGAUGAUUAUAUACAUGAGAUAUGUCGGUACGGAGCAGCGGAACUACACACAAUAUCAUCUUUCAUAGGAGGGGCUGCAGCACAAGAAGCUAUUAAAAUAAUCACAAAACAAUUUGUCCCAUUUAAUAAUACAUAUAUUUAUAAUGCUAUGAAACAGUCAUCAUUAACUGUACAGCUUUGAUAUAUUUAUAUAGGCAUAGGUUUUCAAUUUAGGAACAGUUCACCAAUGAAUCAGAACAAAAAUAAUCUGCUUGAAAAGAAACUUGAACAUUUUUUUUGUGGGUAAAGUUAGGUGGAUGUAAUUUUAUCUUGCUAAACAUUAAAGGAAUUGUAAAAGCUUGUAAUUUAUAAAAACUUUUAUUAUAAGAACUGAAACUUUCUUCUGAGGUCUGCAAUAGAAAAAACAGUGUAACAGUGGUGGGCUCUGGUGAGCGAUUGAAUUAUAAGAUAUUGUACAUGUAUCAUAAAAUGAAUUUUUCUUUGUGAGAGGAGUUGUCUCCCAUGAGGUGGGACUAAUUAAGAAGGACUAUUGUGAAGAUAAACGACAUCAUAUUUCAAAGUUUUUUCUUAAAAAGUUACAAGCCUCAACUUUUAAUCAAACUAGAACUAUCAAAGAUUUUUUUACAAUGAAAAAUUAACCCUUCAAUAGAUUUAGGACAUCCAAAGGUUUUUUUAGAAUGAUUUCUAUGUGAACUCUUAGAAAAGGUGCCUUAUAUUUUUAAAAGAAAUUGUAAAAAACAAAAAGAUCAAUCCAUAUAUGUAUAAUUUCUAUUUAGAUUUGACUGCAUUGAACCUGGCUGAAUUCCUUUGGCAGUCUUAUACUGAACGCUCAUGGGCUUCAGUUUAUUCAUUUUUCUAAGUUCUUGGUUGGUUGUCCGCCCUCAACUCAACUAAAGAAUUUUUACAAAGGUAUAACAAAGUCAAUAAAAUACAUCAAAUUCUCAUCAUUGUUAGUUCUACUUGUAAAAUUCUUAAUUCUGUAACAUCAUCAUUACAUGUCAAACACCGGAAGAAAUUUAAAAAUACAUGAAGUGGUCAAGAGAAAAAAGGCUGGAAAAAAUUUGGAUGGCAACUUUGAGAAUGAAAGUUUAAAUGUCGAAUGACUGCCGAAUUGGUACAAGAAGUGUGAUGAAUGAUAUAUUUGAGGAACUGUAAAACAUUAUUGUUAAGUUUUGUAUGAAAAUUAAAAACAAAUAUCUAAUUAUUGUGAAAUUUAUUAAGUAUUUCUAGUAAUUUUAUUGUUAUGUCUUGAUAAAGUCACAAAAUGUAUAACAGAUAUAUAUAUUCAAAUUUUUUCUUGCUGAAUAUUUAUGUUAUGUUCAUUGUGAGUUAAAGGUUAACAAAUGUGAAGGAAAUAAUGUCCUACUGUUCAAUAGUAAAAGAAUAUACUAGUAAUCAGCUUUCAGUAAGAAAAUGAAAGUCAUUAUAUCUUAUUAUCAAAGUUUUUAUUUUGUUUAUUAUACUGUUAAUUCAGAAAUUAUUGCGAUGUUUUUAUUAUUGCAUAAAAUGCGACAAAUGAUUUAAACUCUCAUUUUGAGUUUUUUUUAUAUGAAUGGAACAGGAUUUUUCUCAUUAUCGCAAAAAUUGAAAUCACAUUUUUGUCCAUAAUGACAAAAUUGCAAUAAUAAAUGCACUCAAUAAUUUCUGAAUUUACAGUCGGUCAUAUGUACGAGAAAAUUUUUUUUCUUUCUGAAAAGUUGAAUUUUAUAUUCAUAUCAGGGCAAAAAUGGGCUUUGGCCAAAUCUUACCAUCUUUUUUAUGAAAAUUCACAUUUUGAAGGGAAAACUGCUUUCAUAUUUUAAUUCACUUCAAACAAAAAGUAAUGUAACAGCUUAUCAGUGUGUUGUUUGUACUAAGCAAGUCUGAUGUCUUUUACAUAAUAAAGAGAGAAGCUGAAAAAAAAGAUUUUUGUACAA